GCGCAGAAGCAGUGCGGAGGCUGAUGGGAGAAACAGUUCACAAUCCUGUAGUGUAGUGUGCAGUGCAGUGAAGUAAAGCUUGAGCAAGUCUCCUCAUCAGCAGCUUUAAACAAAACAAAGCGAAAAGCCUGCGGAGCCACACGCAGCUUCUGCGCUCUCUCUCUCUCUCUCUCUCUCUCUCUCUCUCUCUCUCUCUCUCUCUCUCUCUCUCUCUCUCUCUGCGUUUGUGCGUGUAGAAAAGUGGCUUUCUAAUUAUUUGAUUUCAUUUAUUUAUUUAUUUAUUUAUUCAGGGGUUUUUUUUUUUUACUGUCAAACACCUUCGAAUCGUGUGCGCAGAAGAAAAAGUGAAAAGUGAUGAUGGUGCGUUUUGGUGAAUGACUUCUAUUUCUCUCCGUUUUUUUUGUUUUUUUGUUUUUUUGUGUGUGUGUCCUCAAUCGCGUGGGUUUGAUAGCUGGUGUAGUGAAAAGGGCGGAUUGAAUGGAAGAGCCGAUCUGAAGUGUUUUGGGGAAGAGGAAAUGAGCUGAUGUGAAUGGAAGCACACUGCAGCCCACAGUUCUCCGGAUGUGACUGAUCUUUCGAGCGUCUAGUGGAUGCUGAAAGUGCUAUUUAUUAGUAGGUUCUGUUGUUCACGUUUUAUUGGGAACUAGACCAACUAGACCAAUGCGUAACUGAUCUACAAAUGAUGGAAGUUUAACGCUGCAUCAUUACUUCGUUUCUACUAAAGUGCUUCUAGACAACGGAAGUUUUGAUCUCGGUGUGAACUGGUUUUCGGAGGUGAAGCAUGGCCGUAAACACCGACAGUGAGUUUGAGAAGACGGGCCUGGCUGAACGCGGCAAGGUGCAGCAGGAAACGGAGAAGCUGCUGUUUGACGGCGGUGCAGGAAACGGGCUCACUAUGUCCACCUCCGGCACUCUCACUGUGGACGUAGAGAAAGGAGCCGAGGGCGAGCAGAACGGCCACGGCGGACCACAGAGAUCGAGCUCGGUGGUCCAGCUCGCCUCAGCACCCCUGUCCUCUUCCAGACCAAGCCUGAGCCGCACCUCAUCCACCGGCAACGCGGUGCAUGAGCAGCCCAUACCCAAAGACUACCUGCUGCUGGUCAUCCUGUCCUGCUUCUGUCCUGUCUGGCCCGUAAGCAUCGUAGCGCUCGUCUAUUCAAUCAUGUCCAGAAACAGCCUACAGCAGGGGGACAUUGACGGGGCAAAACGACUGGGUCGCCUGGCUCGUCUACUCAGCAUCGUGGCCAUCAUCCUGGGCCUGGUCGCCAUUAUUGUCUACGUUGUGGUGUCAGUGAGCUAAAGUACAGGAAGACCCAUCUGACAAGAAACAACCAUCUACAGCAAAAAAAGUCUCUACUGUGUAAUUAAAAAAGAGAUAUUUCAUAUAAAAUGACAUAGUAAAGAAAAAGAAAUUAAAAGGAGUGUAGCAAAAAUAAGAUCUAUUUACAGAGAAAUGACAUGCAUGCUAUAAGUUAAUGUGUGCUUGAUUAAAAAAAACACAACUAUAGGUUUAAAGUGAACAAUAAGUGUGCUUAGUGUACACCAAACACUGUUCUACUGACAAACCGACGAUGAUGAUGCCAAGGAUGAGAGUGGAUCUCUUCAGCAAGAUGGGGACCUCAAGCUGCAAGAUAGAUUCUAACAUUAUAUUACUCCUGAAAUAUCCAGAUGCACAGAUAUAUUUGAAAUAUUUCUCUUCGCAUAUAUUUUACGUAAAGAUUUGAAUUAGGGGAAGCAGGAGAGUCUUAGCUUUGCCACAUGACCUUAUGGACAUUGUCAAUGGAAAAACGAAAGGAUUAUGAACAGGGGGAGUAUUUUUGUUUUGCUUUAUUUAUUUUGUAGCUUUUGAUUUAUGAAGAAUGAACACAUGCAUGUAAAAAAGCCAAACAUCAUCACGUCCCUUUAGAAAGACUUUUUUUCGUGGGCACUUAAAAUGAAUUGCACAUACUACAUGACUGGAUCUGGUCUCGGCACAGAUGAGCUGAUUCUCUUGGCCUUGCUGUUGGAAGUGCUGCGAGUACUACACACUGAAACGCAUGUCAAAUCCCCUUCCCACAUCUGAGCUACCUGCUGAAGCAUGGACAAACGUCUAGAGGCAUGAUUGGAGCAGGACCACUUCACCGUGCUCGGUGCCAAAGCCCUCAGAGCUGAACUCUAUCCACAAUCACUGAAACCACUAGUGCAGAAUGCCACUCUAGCUCUUUUGGACUCCUAACUUGUAUACGUAUGCUAUAUAUCCAUAUACUUACCAAACUAUUUAGGCAUGCUGUAGACAGACAGUAUAUCUGUUUGCUAUUCUCUCUCUCUCUCUCUCUCUCUCUCUCUCUCUCUCUCUCUCUCUCUCUCUCUCUCUCUCUCUCACACACACACACACACACACACACACACACACACA